UCAAAACAAGGUAAGAUUCAUCUGCUUGUCUAACAGUUAUGCCUCCACAAUAUUAUUCGUGUGCGUGAAAAGAGGAAUUUCCAUGACAUCGGUGACACUGCACGGACUUUCGUAUGCACGAAGUUCGUCAGGAAAUGUUUCCCGCCCUCAAGCAAACUUUCGAAUGAUCACGUAGACCAUGCCAAUUCCGCCGCUGUUGAUUCUGCGCAGUACAUUGUUUCCUGGUGGAUAAGUUAUUGCGUCUUGUAUUACCUGCAUGUCUUAUUCAGAGCAAAAUGACUGGUAGGCUUUUCGAGUGUACGAACUGAGGUAUUGAAAGUUACUCACAGACCAAUCCUGUGACUGUUUCUAAAUAUUGGGACCGUUAGAAAGUUUAAGAAAUAGGAAGGAUACCAGCGUUUUUUUUUUUUUUUUUUUUUUUUUUUUUUUAUUCAUGGAGGAGACCUCUGGUGGUAAAAGCCCUUCAGGGAGUAGGACAAACGGGUUUUGCAACGUUAAAAAGUCGUCCCAUACAGCAAUCCUAUCCAUGACAAUAUUUUUCGGCAUAUCUUCAUUAUUCAUGCUCUUAAAACUAUCAGACGUCCAUGGAAAAAUUUGGGCUUCUAAUCACCACCGGAUGCACAAUGCAGCAGACAGCGAGAUGGACAAAGGCCAGACUGAGUAUUGGGCUAAAAAAACUGACCCCAGGUCAUUCAGCAAACCGAAGUUGAUUUUGUAUUGGGAUCCAGGACCGGGAUGGCGUUACAUGAAUCUCAGCGCGCUUACCAAACCAGUUUUUAAGUCACUAGGCUGUGAAAUAGACCACUGUGUCUACACCGAGGAUAGGUCAUUAGCCGACCAAAGUGACGCAAUUGUAUUCGUGGCCAGAAGUUUGGGCAGUAAACCUAGAAAAUUACCUCACCAGCGCUGGGUGUGGGUAACGCACGAAAGUUCAUGCCACACCAAGGAAGUUCGUGGGCCAUGGGCGGGAAUGUUCAACUGGACCAUGACAUAUCGGCUGGAUUCGGAUAUUUUUGCUCCGUGGCAUUUUCCAAGAAAACGAGAUAAUGUUUUGGUGAAGAAUUUUACGGAUAUCGCUCUGAGGAAAUCUAAAACGGUGGCUUGGUUUGUGAGCCAUUGUGCUUCCAGCAGCAGACGAGAGAGUUACGUGAAAGAAAUGCAGAAGUACAUUGAUGUUGACAUUUACGGGCAAUGUGGUCCAUUCAAAUGUUCUAGGAGUAAGAAUAAAGAAUGUGAAGCACGCGUAUUCAAAGAAUAUAAAUUCUAUCUUGCAUUUGAAAACAGCAUUACGAAAGAUUACUGA